AUGUCUGCUGCCAGCUGUCUGCUAUCUAAAGAUCAGUUUCUGUGCUCCAUCUGUCUGGAUGUGUUCACUGAUCCAGUCACCACAUCAUGUGGACACAACUUCUGCAAAAACUGCAUCACUGAAUACUGGGAUAUUAAUGACCAGUGUCAGUGUCCCACAUGUGCAAAGCUUUUCUACACAAGACCCAAGCUGCGGGUCAACACUUUCAUCUCUGAGAUGGUUGCUAAGGCCAAACUGUUGGCUGAACAGAAGGCCAGCAGCAGCAGUUCAGAGCAACAAGCUGCCAAACCAGGAGAAGUUCCCUGUGACAUCUGUACCAGAACCAAACUGAAGGCCCUGAAGUCCUGCCUGGUGUGUCUGACCUCCUACUGUGAGACUCACCUGGAGCCUCAUCUGAUAAUGUCAGGUCUGAAAAGACAUCAGCUGAUGGACCCUGUGGAGAACCUGGAGGGCAGGAUGUGUAUGAAGCACGAUAAACCUCUGGAGCUGUUCUGUAAGACCGACCAGACAUGUGUCUGCAUGCUGUGCUCUGUUUUAGACCACAAGACACAUGAGUUUGUUCCUCUGAAAGAAGAAUAUGAAGGAAAGAAGGCAGAGCUGGGGAAGACAGAGGCUGAAACUCAGCAAAUGAUUGAGGAGCGUCAAAUGAUGAUUCAGAAGAUCAAACACUCAGUCAAGCAAGGUAAAGCAAAUGCAGACAGAGAGAUAGCAGACAGUGUUCGGGUCUUCAAUUUUCUUAUAGACUCUGUUGAGAGAAGCCAGGCAGAGCUCAUUGAGACGAUUGAAGAGAAGCAAAGAACGACAGAGAAACAGGCUGAAGACUUCAUCAAAGAGCUGGAACAGGAAAUCUCUGAGCUGAUGAAGAGAAGCUCUGAGGUGGAGAAGCUCUCACACUCUGAAGAUCACCUCCACCUCCUCCGAAACUUCCCAUCCCUGAAAGCUGCUCCACCAACCAAAGACUGGACAGAGGUCAGCGUCCAUCCAUCAUAUGAGGGGACUGUGGUGAGAGCUGUGACUCAGCUGGAGGAGACGCUCAGUAAAGAGAUGAAGAAGCUGUUUGAGGCUGAGCUGAAGAGGGUCCAGCAGUAUGCAGUGGAUGUGACUCUUGAUCCUGAUACAGCACAUCCCGAUCUCAUCCUGUCUGAUGAAGGGAAACAAGUAAAUCAUGGUGAUGAGGAGAAGAAUCUCCCAGACAAUCCAGAGAGAUUUUCUACUGGCCUUUGUGUUUUAGGAAAGCAGAGUUUCUCUUCAGGCAGAUUUUACUUUGAGGUUCAGGUUGAAGGGAAGACUGAAUGGACUUUAGGAGUGGCCAGAGAGUCCAUCAACAGGAAAGGACUAAUCACACUGAGUCCUGACGAUGGUUACUGGACUAUAUGGUUGAGAUAUGGAAAUGAGUACAAAGCUUUUGACAACCCUGACGUCCAUCUCUCUCUGCAGUCUGAGCCUCAGAAGGUGGGGGUGUUUGUGGAUUAUGAGGAGGGUCUGGUCUCCUUUUAUGACGUAGAUGCUGCAGCUCUUAUCUACUCCUUUACUGGCUGCUCCUUCACUGAAAAACUCUACCCAUUCUUAAAUCCCGGGUUUAAUGAUGAUGGUAAAAACUCUGUCCCUCUGAUUUUAUCUCAUCUCAAUCACUAAGUAGCCAGAGAUUCAGUAUUGUACAAAGUAACAAAUAUAGCUGUGGACUCAGAUUGAGUCAUGAGCUUUCUGUGUU